ACUGUGGACCUAGAGGUGCAUGCUGAGGCCCCAGGGAAAAAAUCUCUACCUAUCUGAAGUAAAUAAAGGAGACAGACCCUCUAUUAGAAACCAUAUGGAAAAAUGAGAAAACAAACAAAAAUCCUGUUCCUUCACAGAUAAUUCAAUGAACAUUAGGGUUAGUGGGAAACCUAACAGAAAACACCACAGUUGACAUUUCUGUUGUUUGGGGAAAUCACCUGAGUUUGCAUUUAGUCUAUAUGUGUGAACUUUUUUUUUUUUUCCAGGGGUGGAGAGGAAACUAUGUCAAAUUGAUUAUAAAUAAUACAUUUAUAUUCAUUACACAUUAUCUCACGUCAAAAAUUGUUUCAGCCAAGCUGUAAAAAUUAUCUCAGAAAACCUGAAUUGUUUUGGCUACUUCUUCCUGCUCAUCCCUGCCUCCGUGAGCUCCUUGCAAGUAACCAACCCCAUCGCCAUGUCUCAGGCUGAGUUUGACAAAGCUGCUGAGGAAGUUAAGCACCUCAAGAGCAAGCCAGCAGACGAUGAGAUGCUGUUCCUCUACAGCCGCUACAAACAAGCAACUGUGGGUGACAUAGAUAAAGAACAGCCCGGGAUGAUGGACCUCAAAGGCAGGGCCAAGUGGGGUGCAUGGAAUGAGCUGAAGGGAACUACCAGGGAAGAUGCCAUGAAAGCUUACAUCGGCAAAGUAGAAGAACUAAAGCAAAAAUACGGAAUCUAGGGACUGGAUUUGGCUGCCAGCCACACUUUUCAUCUAAAUUGGUAAUCAUGCCUUGUUUCUCUAAUACCAUGGAUGAAGUGAAAUAAUGAAAUUAACCCUCUUCCUGAACACUGUCCAGGGUAUGGCUCUAAGAGAUUAAGGAGCUGAAAUAAAUGGUUACUCGCCUUGCUGAGUAGUUUUAAUCUAUAGAUCAAUUUAAAAAAACCUGCAUUUGUUACUUUAAGAAACAAAAACAAACCUUAAUUGUUUUCCAAUCCACAAAUCUUAUCAUCAUCUUGCUAAAAUAUAUUACUAUCCAGUCAAGAAUGUUAUUGACUUCAUACUGGGGUACUACACUUCCCUUUGCAAAUGUUUCUCUCCAUGAUCCUGAAAUAUUUCCUAGAUAACCUCACAUAUCUUAUCAUUUAGUAGACAAACAGCAGAACUCCCAAAACCAUCUACUUAGCAUAAUGCUUCCUUGAGAAGUAAAUCCUCAAUAGAAUU